AUGAACCCAGGAGAUCUUCCUAACAGGGUUUGUUUUCCUGAAGAACUUCUUGACUCCAAAUGGUGGGAGGGGCCGAGAUGGUUGUACGGGCCGCGUUCUGAAUGGCCUAACUGCGAUGUCACUCCUGAUGAAAAUGAAGUUCAAAUGGAAAGGAGAAAAACGCCUUUGAUUUCAGCUUUAUCCCAAGAACCAGGUGUGUUUUGCUGCGAAAGAUUAGCCCGGUACUUUUCUUCUUAUCACCGGAUCGUUCGAAUGGUUGCAUGGAUGAUAAGGUUUCUGUGGAACAAAUAUUCAAAGAAGGAGAAGCGCUCUGGAGAGCUGUCUUUGUCGGAAAUCGCAAGAGCUGAAAAGGUGGUUCGGAAAUCGAUACAGGAUGAAGCUUUUGAAGGGCUAGGUGAUAAACAGCUCAAAAAUUUGAAGCCACACAAAGAUAAAGUCGGACUGAUGCGUUUGAGAACCCGUAUUUGGGCGAGAAAAGACCCUGAAGACUUCCGUGCACCUUAUAUUCUUCCUUUCCAGCAUGUCAUUGUUGACAGAUUGAUCCACGACUUGCACACACAGAAUGGGCACAUUGGACGGCAAGGUCUUCUGAACCUUCUAAGAGAAAGAUUCUGGAUCGUUAGAGGGAGGCAAGCUGUGAGAAGAAUUGUGUCUGCGUGUGUGAUAUGCAGGCGUUAUAGGGCCAAGGCAUUGGAAGUCAAGUCUCCACCGCUCCCGGAGAAUCGGGUAAGAGACGCUCGUGUGUUCGAAAUCAGUGACACGGAUUUUGCUGGUCCACUCUACCUUAAAAAUGGAGACAAAGUUUGGGUGUGCAUAUUCACCUGUGCUGUUUAUCGUGUCACACAUUUGGAAUUGGUUACUGCCAUGUCAACGGAAGCCUUCAUCAUGGCGUUUCGACGUUUCAUUGCGCGUUGGGGCAGACCUUCCUUCAUGUACAGUGACAAUGGUACAAACUAUAAGGGGUUCAAAAAUGCUCUCGAUGGAAUUGAUUGGCAGAGAGUAGCGUCCCGCGGUUUGGUGAACCAAAUUGAAUGGCGCUUCAACCCACCCACAGCAACAUGGUGGGGCGGGUUCUGGGAACGCUUAAUAGGGAUUUUGAAAGUUCAUCUUCGCAAAAUUCUGGGACGGGCUUCACUCACUUUUGAAGAGUUGAACACCGUGAUCAGUGAGUGUACUGCUUAUAUCAAUUCUCGCCCCAUCACCUAUACAUCGGAUGACCCCAGUGAUCCGGUGCCUAUUACUCCUCAAAUGUUCAUUGGAGAUAUUCAAGAAAUGGGUGUCCCUGACUUGGACGAAGUUGAUGCGAAGAGUUUACACAAAAUCAGAAGCGGAUGCAUUGGCCGAUGGCAGUGGUUGAAGAACUGA